AUGUUCCUGCAAGCGGGUCAGCAGGGUCUGUCUGUGGCGUUUGACCUCCCGACCCACCGUGGCUACGACUCAGACAAUCCCCGAGUCCACGGGGACGUGGGGAUGGCCGGAGUGGCUAUCGACACCGUGGAGGACAUGAAGAUGCUCUUUGACGGAAUCCCCCUAGAAAAGAUGUCUGUGUCAAUGACGAUGAACGGAGCCGUUAUCCCAGUGUUGGCCAUGUUUAUCGUCACCGGGGAGGAACAGGGAGUGGCCAAAGAAAAACUAACAGGCACCAUUCAGAAUGAUAUUCUAAAGGAGUUCAUGGUGCGCAACACCUACAUUUUCCCUCCGGAACCAUCCAUGCACGCCAUUGCGGACAUCUUUGCGUAUACCUCAAGGCAUAUGCCUAAAUUCAACUCCAUAUCCAUCAGCGGCUACCAUCUUCAAGAGGCCGGUGCAGAUGCUAUUUUAGAAGUAGCUUACACCAUCGCUAACGGCCUGGAGUACUGCCGGACAGGUCUGAAAGCAGGUCUAACCAUCGAUGAGUUUGCUCCAAGGUUGUCAUUCUUCUGGGGCAUAGGGAUGAACUUCUACAUGGAAAUAGCAAAGCUGAGGGCGGCCAGGAGGUUAUGGGCCACGCUCAUUAAAGAAAACUUCCAGCCCAAGAACCCCAAGUCUCUCCUCUUGCGCACGCACUGCCAGACCUCAGGCUGGUCACUCACUGAACAGGAUCCCUACAACAACGUGAUCCGCACGGUGAUCGAAGCCAUGGCUGCUGUGUUCGGAGGCACCCAGUCACUUCACACCAACUCCUUCGACGAAGCCCUGGGGUUGCCGACGGUGAAGAGCGCUCGCAUCGCCAGAAACACCCAGAUUAUCAUCCAGGAGGAGUCGGGCAUCCCUAAAGUGGCAGAUCCCUGGGGCGGCUCGUUCAUGAUGGAGGCGCUCACCGACGAUGUUUAUAACACGGCCCUGAAGUUCAUUAAAGAGAUAGAAGAGAUGGGAGGCAUGGCCAGAGCCGUGGCAGAGGGAAUUCCAAAACUACGGAUUGAGGAAUGCGCUGCACGUAGACAGGCCCGCAUCGACUCAGGGUCAGAGGUGAUUGUUGGUGUGAACAAGUACCGCCUGGAAAAAGAGGAGACCGUGGAGGUGCUCGCCAUAGAUAAUACCAUAGUACGCCAGAAGCAGAUUGAGAAACUGAAUAAGGUGAAAGAAAGUCGUGAUCCCGAGGUAGCGAAGAAGUGCCUGGCAGCUAUUGAAGAGUGUUCCCGAACCAGGGAGGGCAACCUUCUCGCCCUGGCAGUGGAGGCAGCCCGGGCCAGGUCAGAACCGCUCCGCCAGAACAAACUUUGUUAAUGUUGGAAGGUACGCUUAGUGCAUCCAGAGCACUUUCAUUCGUCUUGGUGUAGAGUUUUCGCCACCUGUGUAAUUUCAGCAAAUGUGACGAUCUGAUGAUAAAUAACUGGCAUUUGCUGACUCAUAAAGUAACACAGUCAUUCACGUCCUCUCUCCAGAAGCUGUAGUUAAAGAGGCACUUAAGUCAAGGGGGCUUCAUUUUCAUGUUGCAUAUAGAUGGUGAUAAACUCACCAGGGAGAGUCACCUCAAACCACCUCUUUUUAAACAUUCCCAGAUGUUAUUUUAAUGAACUAACCUCAUAAUUAGAUGUCUAGAUGUUUAGAUGUAUAUUAGUAAUCAGUUGCAGUCUGAAAGGCGUCUGUGUGUGUUUUUGAGUGUGAAUGACUGAAAUGUGGCUCUGUUGCAAAGCUCCGAGU